AUGUCUCCGACACUCUUUUCAGAUAUUGAAAACCACUCUUACGUUAAGGCCAUCCCACCGUCACGGGGGGAAAAGCUCAUAUCCGUUGUGAAGAGAGUGAGAAGCUUGAUGCGUGAGGUGCGGCCGGCUGAAAAUGUUGGCUUUAACGCUCAGGACACCACACCUCCACCGUCGGCACAGCGCAGAAUUCUUCCGUUGAGAUUCAACAACUCAACCUACAAAGCCGUUCCAGACUAUGGGGCUGGUGAAAACGUCAUCGAGGAGCCCCUGGCAAUGAAGCUUGGAGCAGAUAUCAACUAUAGUGCGGCAGCACGAACUUCUUUCAUGAACGCUCAAGGUGGCACAAUAAAGUCAAUUGGUACUGCGACCUUAAAAUGCUCCUUCCCGAAUGAGCCUCGGAGGGAAUUCCAGUGUGUCUUUCGCGUCCUAAGAAAAAUGGUCGUUCCUCUUAUCAUGGGCCGGAAAUUUCUUAUUAAGACGAAAACCCUCUCUGAUCAUCCUGAGCGUCUACAAUAUGACACAAGACUUUCCGACAAGUUUUGGCGUUUGUUCCAUCUCGCAAAACCGCAGAGCCUGCUUCGCUGCUCUGUUGACUCACAGGAGGUUCUCGCCAAUGCAGAUACAGGCUCUGAUAUUGACCUCGCGUCCUUGGAGUUCGCCAUUGCAGGAGGAUAUACCAUUCAUCCGGCUCAGCAAGGUCGAGACAGAGUAUUAUUUGCAGACGGCGAGUGCGUAAAGCUGCGUGGUACCAUUGACGUUGAGCUUGACAUCAUGGAUGGUGCCACACAGCAACCUUCGCUGCUCAAAAGCCGUUCGACAAGGCUGCAUGUACUCGAAGGGCUGACAUCGGAUAUCCUGUUGGGCGACGAGACGCUCGUCUGUCUGGAAGCCUUCACUAAAUACCAGGAGUCUUUUGUCGACAUUGACAGUACGUAUCACUACACACAACUGCAAUACAUUACCUGGUACAAUAGAGUAGAACGAAGGUUGGCAUCUGCUUUCUCCAAAAGUCAGAAGCAAGGAGACGCUUCACCCUCCGGAACACUGACAUCAUCACCCAUUCCUGCAAUAACAUCAAAACCUUCAACCUUUCACAAGCUCCUCAGAAAACAUGGAAAACCUGCAGCUAAGAACCUAUGGGUCAACGAAAUGGACUUCGAGAGACAGCUCGAAGCCCGCGACCUGCGAGAGCAGCAUCGUCGGACGCGUGCUGAACGCAACAUCCAAACGCUCGUGGGGGCCGAGAGUGCGGCGGCCCGUCAGCAAGAACAGGAGUCGCAAAGGCGGUAUGAUGAUGAGAGGAGGGCAAUGGUUCGGAGGCAAAAUGAUUUGCUCGCCGAGAGGUUGGACAGCGGUACCGGUACUGGCACUGACAGUGGGAAUGCAGUUGAAUCAUCAAGAUCUGUAUAG